UCCCGCCGUCGCGGGCAGGGCGCCAAGGCGGCAGGAGGAGGGUGAGCGGUCAAUAGAUCUUCAGGAAGAGCGGCCUCCGGCUGUUUCCAUCGCUGAUAGAGCCUGCCUUUGGGUACGGUAUGAAGGGAGCCAGUUUCCAGGAGCCAGUUUCCAUGGUUACCCACCACUUGGCCUUCUGGGAUAUCAGUCACUCUGAACGGGGACCUAACUUGAACCAUGAAUCAGAAGCAAACACAGAAGAGAAAGGAUGCACAUCACAGGAAGGAGGAACUACUCCAACUUUUCCUAUUCAAAAACAAAGAAAAAAGCUUAUUCAAGCUGUGAGGGACAAUUCGUUCCUUAUUGUUACUGGAAAUACAGGAAGUGGUAAAACAACUCAACUCCCAAAAUAUCUGUAUGAAGCAGGGUUUUCACAACAUGGUAUGAUUGGUGUGACUCAACCACGAAAAGUAGCUGCUAUAUCAGUUGCUCAGAGGGUUGCUGAAGAAAUGAAAUGCACUUUGGGAUCCAAAGUAGGGUACCAAGUUCGUUUUGAUGAUUGCAGCUCUAAGGAAACCGCAAUCAAAUAUAUGACUGAUGGAUGUUUACUGAAACAUAUUCUGGGAGAUCCAAAUCUUACCAAGUUCAGUGUCAUCAUUUUAGAUGAAGCCCAUGAGAGAACUCUAACUACAGACAUCUUGUUUGGAUUAUUGAAGAAGUUAUUUCAGGAGAAGUCUCCUAAUAGGAAGGAACAUUUGAAGGUUGUGGUGAUGUCAGCAACCAUGGAAUUAGCCAAGCUCUCUGCAUUCUUUGGAAAUUGUCCAAUAUUUGAUAUACCUGGAAGGCUUUAUCCAGUCAGAGAAAAAUUCUGCAAUUUGAUUGGCCCACGGGACAGAGAAAAUACUGCAUAUAUUCAAGCGAUUGUGAAAGUGACCAUGGAUAUCCAUUUGAAUGAAAUGGCUGGAGACAUCUUGGUUUUUCUGACUGGUCAGUUUGAAAUUGAAAAAAGUUGUGAGUUACUUUUUCAGAUGGCAGAGUCUGUUGAUUAUGAUUAUGAUGUUCAAGAUACAACUCUGGAUGGUUUGUUAAUAUUGCCAUGUUAUGGAUCUAUGACAACAGAUCAACAGAGAAGAAUAUUUUUGCCACCUCCACCUGGAAUUAGAAAAUGUGUCAUAUCCACCAAUAUUUCUGCAACGUCUUUGACAAUAGAUGGAAUUAGAUAUGUGGUAGAUGGUGGCUUUGUGAAGCAGUUAAAUCACAAUCCCAGAUUAGGGUUGGACAUCCUGGAGGUGGUUCCAAUUUCAAAGAGUGAGGCGUUACAGCGAAGUGGCCGAGCUGGCAGGACUUCCUCAGGAAAAUGCUUUCGGAUCUACAGUAAAGAUUUUUGGAACCAGUGUAUGCCUGACCAUGUGAUCCCUGAGAUUAAGAGAACUAGUUUGACAUCUGUAGUUCUGACCUUAAAGUGCCUUGCCAUACAUGAUGUUAUAAGGUUUCCCUAUUUGGAUCCACCUAAUGAGAGACUCAUUUUGGAAGCUCUUAAACAACUUUACCAAUGUGAUGCUAUUGACAGGAGCGGCCAUGUGACCAGGUUGGGUUUGUCUAUGGUGGAAUUUCCUCUCCCUCCACAUCUGACAUGUGCAGUAAUAAAGGCUGCUUCUCUGGAUUGUGAAGAUCUACUACUUCCAAUAGCAGCAAUGUUGUCUGUGGAAAAUGUCUUCAUUAGACCGGUUGAUCCAGAGUAUCAGAAGGAAGCAGAACAAAGACAUCGAGAAUUGGCAGCUAAAGCUGGAGGAUUUAAUGACUUUGCAACUUUAGCUGUCAUCUUUGAACAGUGCAAAUCAAGUGGAGCUCCAGCUUCAUGGUGCCAAAAACACUGGAUUCACUGGAGAUGCUUAUUUUCUGCAUUUCGUGUUGAAGCUCAACUUCGAGAACUAAUCAGGAAGCUUAAACAGCAAAGUGAUUUCCCAAGAGAGACCUUUGAAGGCCCGAAACAUGAAGUACUACGAAGAUGUCUUUGUGCAGGCUAUUUCAAAAAUGUAGCUCGAAGAUCCGUUGGGAGAACAUUUUGCACCAUGGAUGGGCGUGGAAGCCCAGUUCACAUUCAUCCUUCCUCAGCACUUCAUGAACAAGAAACCAAACUCGAAUGGAUCAUUUUUCAUGAGGUAUUAGUUACCACGAAAGUCUACGCAAGAAUUGUGUGUCCAAUCCGUUAUGAAUGGGUGAGAGACUUGUUACCCAAGUUGCAUGAAUUUAAUGCACAUGAUUUGAGCAGUGUGGCCCGACGUGAAGUGAGAGAAGAUGCAAGAAGGAGAUGGACAAAUAAGGAAAACGUAAAGCAUCUAAAGGAUGGAAUCUCAAAAGAAGUCCUAAAGAAAAUGCAAAGAAGAAAUGAUGAUAAAUCCAUAUCAGAUGCACGUGCUCGUUUCCUUGAGCGAAAGCAGCAGAGGUCCCAGGAUCACAGUGACACACGGAAGGAAACAGGCUAAGCAGUGAACCCUGCAAUUCAGGAAGUAGGAAAAGCAGCCAGGAAAUGUGCUUCUACUUUGCCAUUUAUAUCAGACAGCAGUACCAAGAGGAAGUGGUCAGCAGCUGUUAUUAGCAUACAAGCUAAAAGCAAAUAAAAGUUCAUCAGUACCAAUAAAUGGAAUUUUCAAAGAAAACAUUGAGUUGCCAUUGUCAUAGGCAAUGAUAUAUGAAACCAAUGAAAGACAAUACAUGUGAUAUUUUCCUCACUUCAAUUUUGCUGGCCUUAACUGGUAUCAAAUGCUGUCAUUGAGAUAUUUUCAAAGAACAUUGAAUUGUAUUUAAUCAGCGUGUAUUCCAUUUGCAUUUGAAGCAUUAAAAAUUAUUUUCCUUAAA